ACAGUUUCCGGUGUAUGGCGGGGGGAAGAGAAGGUGAGAGUUUGUAUGUGGAGAGCGAAAGAGGGGGGAAUAUUGUGAGUUAAACAGCGAUGGGAGUAAAGGGAGGUGAUUGUAAACCGGCCCGGAAUCAACGUGGGUCAAGGUUUUUAACAAAACUUCAUUGCAAUUUUUGAUCUAAAUUUUGAAUUGAAAUUAUCUCUCAUUUUAUAUGUUCCCAAAUUCUGCAAUGCUGUAUUGAUGAGCAAGGGGUGCUUCCUGAAGUGCCUUGAAUGCAAUGUUUAAUUGAACAGUCUGCAGAUAUAAUGCUGAUCUCACAUUUUUCAAGAGCUGUCAACAUCUGUACAGUUCUACAAUGUAACUGGAUAAACUGACUUGCUGAGAAGAACGAAUUGAAAAUUGUUUAAACUGCAUAAUCGCAGUACUUUGAGUAGGCUGGCGACGUUGAAGGAAUUGAUAACCACAGCUUCCUCAUUACCAGAAACUACUUGGGUUUCCAAUGGAGAAAAUGGCAAGAGUGACGACAGCCCUGAGUGGCACGACCAUCACAGGGCGAACAAUGUUCUGCCAUCUCGAUGCACCUGCCAAUGCUAUUAGUGUUUGCAGGGAUGCAGCCCGGGUGGUGGUGGCUGGUCGCAACAUUUUCAAAAUCUAUUCCCUGGAGGAGGACCAAUUUGUGGAGAAGGCAAAUCUUCGGGUUGGCCGCAAGCUCUCUCUAAACUUCAGCUGUGCUGACGUGGUAUGGCACCAGAUGGACGACAAUCUCCUGGCGACCGCAGCCACAAAUGGAGCUGUGGUGACGUGGAAUCUAGGCAAGCCGUCUCGCAACAAGCAGGACCAACUUUUCAAUGAGCACAAACGCACAGUUAACAAGGUGUGCUUCCAUCCGACAGAAGUCCACAUGCUGUUGAGUGGCUCCCAGGAUGGCUACAUGAAGUGCUUUGAUCUCAGGAAGAGGGAAUCUGUCAGCACUUUCUCUGGUCAGUCAGAAAGUGUAAGGGAUGUCCAGUUCAGUGUAAGAGACUAUUUCACAUUUGCUGCAUCAUUUGAAAAUGGUAACGUUCAGCUCUGGGACAUAAGACGACCAGACAGAUAUGAACGUAUGUUUACAGCACAUAACGGACCUGUCUUCUGCUGCGAUUGGCACCCAGAUGAUAAGCAAUGGCUGGCAACAGGAGGACGGGAUAAAAUGGUGAAAGUGUGGGACAUGACUACAACCAGGGCCAAGGAGAUCUACUGUGUACAGACUAUUGCCUCAGUAGCUCGUGUGAAAUGGCGACCAGAAGUAAAGUACCAUCUAGCAACCUGUUCCAUGAUGGUCGAUCACAACAUUUACGUCUGGGAUAUUCGCCGCCCUUACAUUCCAUUUGCAAUGUUUGAGGAGCACAAGGAUGUCACCACGGGGAUUAUGUGGCGUCACAUUCAUGAUCCUUAUUACUUACUUUCAGGAUCAAAAGAUAGUACACUAUACCAGCACAUGUUCAAGGAUGCCAGUAGGCCUGUUGAUCGUGCUAAUCCAGAAGGAUUGUGCUAUGGGUUAUUUGGAGACUUGGCUUUUGCAGGAAAAGAUAGCAUGUUUACAAGCGACUCAAAUCGGAAAACCUAUGGAGGAGACAGACGCUAUCCCAUUUUUUUCUUCAAGAAGCCCGAUUUAUCAGAGCAGUUUGCAAAUGUAUCCAGUGCUCUGAAUGUGUUUGAAACCGAACUGGGCAGCAACUCCAUGGACUGGUUUGUCAACAUGGCACAGCAAUAUCUUCUAACUGGCCGCUCGUUGGCUGAGCUCUGUGAUCAUAAUGCAAAAAUUGCUAAAGAAUUGUAUCGUUAUCAGGUGGCCCAGACUUGGACAAUGCUGAGGAUUGUGUAUUCCAACCCAGGUGCCAUAUCAGCUGUGAACUUAAAUCAGAGUAUUGGCAAGACUGGAGGGUUGCCUCUUAUGAACAGUUUUAAGGAGAUCUCUGCACCCCUUGGCAAUGAAACCAGAUUGGAGAGAGGAAAGGCUGAAAAUCGACAGGAAGUUAAUCAUAUAGAUCCCUCAAACCCAUUGAUCACUGCGAAUGAAGAGAACGAGGAAACAGAAGGUAGUGAUGUGCCUGCAGAUUAUCUAUUUGGAGAUGUGGAAGGAGAUGAAGAUGACCUUUACCUGGUGGAUCAUGAAAAUGCUCCUGCAGAGGAACACGAAUAUAUUUUGCCCCAGGAAGCAUUUCAACUGCGUCAUGAAAUUAUAGAUAACCCUUCUGUGCCGGACCAUCUGCAGGAUAAAGUGGAGUCUCCACAUGUCAGUGGAAAUGAAACGGAGACCAUGUGCUUAAGCCCGAUUGAAUCCUUUUCCCUUAUGUCAAUCUCGCAGCCUCUCUAUGAUGCCUAUCUGCCUGCUGAUUACUUUAAUUCCCUUGUUAAAGACAUGCUGCACUACUAUGCAGAGCAGGGAGAUGUGCAAAUGGCUGUAUCUGUCCUUAUUGUCCUUGGUGACCGUAUUCGGAAAGAAAUUGAUGAGCAGACACAGGAACACUGGUACACAUCGUACAUUGAUCUGCUGCAGCGGUUCAAACUGUGGAACAUCUCAAAUGAAGUGAUCAAGCUGAGCACAUGCAGCUCCAUCAAUUGUUUUAACCAGGCAUCAACCACUCUUCAUAUCAACUGCAGCAACUGCAAACGACCGAUGAGCAGCAAGGGCUGGAUCUGUGAUAGAUGCCGCCAGUGUGCCAGCAUGUGUGCUGUUUGCCAUCAAGUUGUCAGAGGGUUGUUUGUUUGGUGCCAAGGAUGUAGCCACGGUGGACACCUGCAGCACAUCAUGAGCUGGCUGAGGACUAGUUCACAUUGCCCAGCUGGGUGUGGCCACCUGUGUGAAUAUACCUGAGAAGGCAGAUCUCAAACGCUCAAUGGUGCCGUUCAGCGAGCACAACAUGACUGUCUAAUACAUGGGCUUCUGCAAAUCGACGCCACUCCUGAAAUUGUUUUCAAUGUGUUGCAUAUUUUUUUUUUUAAGUGGAUUAAAUGAAAAUGGACUCAUUCACCAUAGAAAAUUUACAGCUAAAUUCAGAAUGGAAAAUCUAACAGUUGUUAGAAGUGUAUUUUGUUUUCUUCCCCCACAGUCUUAUAACUGUUUUGUUGGCGUGAUGUGCUCCAGCACCAAUUGCGAGGAGAAACUGCAGUGAAUACACCUUGCGCAUAAAGCAAACGUCACUUGUGUAAACAGAUGAUGGUGAAAUGCAAGAUGGGCUCAGUUGUUGACAAGUACUUGAUUAUCACCACAGGCUCCGAGCAGUAGCUAAACUAAGCUAUAAUGCAAAAUAAACGGCAUGCAUUGAUUGGAAUGUGAGUGGGAGUUAAACUAUUUUAAUAUGGGACAACAGAGAGAUUAUUUCUAUAUAUUCCAGGACUAACUUCACGUCCAAGUAGUUCUUUGAUAUUUGUGAGUUUUUGUGUUUAUUUACAUGAAUAGUAAUCCGACCAGAACCUCACAACAGCGUUUCAGUAUUUUGUUUGACCUUGUGCGUGUGGUCAGCGUCUUUUGCAUAUUUUGAAAUAUUCCCAGUCAAAAAAAAUAAACUAUUUACUGCUUUCUGUGUCCUAUAUAACUUGUGCACAAAUUCUACGAUGAAGCUGAAGUGGAAUGACAGGGUUCAUGCGUUGGUCGUUUAUUGAUGAAGGGAUUAGGGAAUUUAGGACAUCGAAUUCAAUGAAAAAGCUGCCCAGGGGGCCACAGUGGAUCAUGUAACAAGCAGCUGCAAACUUGUAGCUUUCCAAGCAGAGUUUAAAACAUUUCUUAUUUUUCCCGAUACAGUGUGUAAACUUGUAUUAAUUCAAGUAUGCUCUGAUCAUCCAUCAGAAUAUGCUUGUGUAGCAUUACUGUAUAAAGAUCAGCAUAUGUCAAACCUGUGGUUAUAGAACUCCUACCUGUUGUUUGUAGGAUUCAGGAACAUACUAUUUCCCAUUGAUUGGAAAAUUAGCAGUGAUUCAACAUGUUGACCAAAUAAAUAAUGUAAUCUUAAAAGUGUGGCAUUGUGAAUUCAACCAUAUUGUGCCUAGCAUCAAAUGACAGUUGACAGCCACCUAAAUUACUGCCCCAUUUAGAAAAUGCAAUAGAGUCAUAACAUUGAAUUUUCAGAAUAGCCAAAGAUUGUAAUAGAAUGAACUCCUUAAAAGGCCCACAUGCGUAACGGGCAUUUUUUCUCAAUUGCAUAGGCAACUUGUCAAUUUCCACUGGCUUUUUCUUUGCUCGGUAGAAUGUUGCUGUGUCCACAGGUUACAUUCCGCGCAAGAGGAAUUUGUGUAUGAACUGCAAUGAAACAUUUAAGUUCUGCAGUCCAGCUUGCAUUUGUUUUCUGGAGUGGGAAGCUAUAGCAGCGAUUUGAAGGUGAAAAAUAUAGUCUUCCUUACACUUGUAAUAAAUCCUAUUUACAUUGAUAUUUCUUAAGACGAAUAUUUUUAAAAAUAUUUAUAUAAAGUUUAUUUUACAAUGUGGAUUGUGAAUCCUAGAAGUAACUGCUGUAAAAAUGCAUACAGUAUAGUAAAUACAGUAUAUUGACAGCUGGAUCUUUUUCUUCAGUGUUAUGUCUGACCCACCAUGUGAGUCUCCUCGAGAGGUUCAUAUUAAACCUACUUCUGACCAAGA